AUGAUUGAAAUUCCAAAUGGAACCAAAUCAAUUUCUUCAUGGGCAUUUGGAAAUUCUAAUAUAUUGAUUGUGAAACUCCCUGUGACUGUCACUUCAGUCCAAGAUUAUGCAUUUGCUGGAUCGAAAAUAUCAAAAUUAGUUUAUUAUAAUAAAUCAAUAACUUUUGGAGAAGGUGUUUUUAGAGAUUCAUAUCUCAAUAAAUUUAAGUUCCAUGAAGGAAUAACAAGCAUUCCAAGAUAUUUUUUCUGUUUUUCAAAGCUUCAAUCAAUAAAAUUACCAGACUCGGUAAUAACAAUUGGAUAUGGCGCAUUUGCAGGAACUCCAAUGACAGAAAUAAUUUUACCUCCUUUAAUGACUAGUAUAUCUCCUGGUGCAUUUUAUCAAGCAAAUAUAACAACAAUAAACUUAAGCAAUAAAAUCAGAUAUAUAGAAUAUGAUGCAUUUAAGUUAAGUAAGAUUAAAUCAAUCUCUCUUCCAAGUUCAUUAACAAGCAUUGGUGCUGAGGCAUUUUAUAAGAGUAAACCCGAAUCAAUAAAUUUAACAGCUAAGGUAUCUAUUGGAUAUAAGGCAUGGGGUUAUACACCAAUGAAGUCCUAUGAAAUACCUUAUGGUAGAACGACAAUUUAUUCUGCAGAGUUAUCAUAUAUGACUUUAAAUUUACUUAUCUUACCAUCAACAAUUCAAUAUGUUGAUAGCUCAGCAUUUUCUUAUGCAACAAUUCCAAAUGUUACAAUUCCAUAUGGACCAUCAACAAUAGAAUACAGCACAUUUGGGUAUGCAAAUAUUUCACGAAUAAUAUUGCCCAAUUCCAUUAAAUCAAUUAACAUUCAAUCGUUUUCCCAUUGCUAUGUUGAUUAUGUAUAUAUUCCAGAUUCUGUGGAAAGAAUAAUAAAAAAUGCAUUUGAGUAUUGUUAUUUCAGGAAUGUUAGUAUUCCAGAAGGAAUUGAAAUUAUUAAUGAUGAAACUUUUCAAUGGAGUUUCUUAGAAACUAUUUCUCUUCCUUCCACAUUGAAAGAAAUUGGAGAAAAAGCAUUUUAUUCGACACCUUUGAAAACAAUACAUCUACCAGAUAAUUUAUCGGUUAUUAAAUAUCAAGCAUUUGCAAAUACAUCUCUAGUUGAAAUCGAAUUUCCUUUAUCCCUAAAAAGACUUGGUGAAGAAAUUUUUGCUUCAUGCAAUAUAACAAAUAUAACAAUACCUUCAAGUUUUGAAUCUAUGGGUAGAGGUUUCCAAUAUUGUAACUGCGAAAAUAUUAAUAUUUCAAAAAAUUCAAUAUACUCUAUUAUUGAUUAUGAAUUUUAUGGUACAUUAAUUAAAGAAUUGAUCAUCCCUGAGGGAGUAGCACAAAUCCACUAUCGCGCUUUUUAUGGAAGUAUAAUUGAAAAAAUUACAUUUCCACGAUCAUUGUAUCUUAUUGGAAGUUAUGCAUUUGAGAAUUCACCAUGCACAAGCGUUAUAUUUCCAAACAUUGGAUACUUAGGUGAUUUCUGUUUUGCUCUAAGUCAGAUAAAAUAUGUUGAACUAUCUCCAUCAGUUUAUACUAUAGGGAAAUGCUGCUUUUAUAAUACUUCAGUCGAAAAAUUAAUCUUACCUACAACCUCUGAAUCUCUUAAAAUACAAGAAUUUGCAUUUGGAUAUUUGCAUUUCACAAACUUUACUAUCCCAAUGAAUACCAUAUAUAUAGGAUAUGAAGCAUUUAGAGGAUCAUUCAUAGAAAAUCUAAUAAUUCCUGGAAGCAUAAAACAAUUUUCAAAUUGGUCUUUCACUGAUUGCUAUAUUAAACAAUGUACAAUAGGAAUAGGAAUAAGUGACAUUGAAGAAUAUUGUUUUGCAAUGUCAGAUAUAAAAAAUAUUGAAAUACCACCAACGUUAAUAAAUAUCAGUCAAUUUGCUUUUAUGUCGUCAUCAAUUGAAGAAUUCACUAUACCAAAUAAUUGCCAUGUCUCAAAUAAUGCAUUUGAAGAUUGUUUUAAUCUUGAAAAGUGA